GCUGGCUCUUGUUCUUAAUUAUCUAUAAAAGCAUUAAUUCAGCAGGGAGUGAUGCUUGUAUUGUGAUAGUAAAAAAUGGGGAAGAGCAAGGUGCUAGUGGUAGGGGGAACAGGGUACAUUGGGAGGAGAAUAGUGAGGGCAAGCCUGGCAGAGGGGCACGAGACGUAUGUGCUUCAGAGGGCGGAGUUGGCGCUGCAGAUAGAGAAGCUGCAGAUGCUGCUAUCCUUCAAGAGGCAGGGGGCCCACCUCAUAGAGGCAUCCUUCUCCGACCACCAGAGCCUUGUGGAUGCUGUCAAGAAGGUGGAUGUUGUCAUCAGUGCCAUCUCUGGUGUCCAUAUCAGGAGCCAUAGCAUUGGCUUGCAGCUCAACCUCAUUAACGCCAUCAAGGAAGCCGGCAACGUCAAGCGCUUCUUGCCGUCGGAGUUUGGACUGGACCCAGCGAGGAUGGGGGACGCGUUAGAGCCAGGAAGGGUGACAUUUGAGGACAAGAUGGCUGUGAGGAAGGCGAUAGAGGAAGCAAACAUCCCUUUCACGUACAUCUCCGCCAACCUAUUUGCGGGCUACUUUGCGGGCAGCCUGUCUCAGAUGGGAUCUUUUGUGCCUCCCAGGGAAAAGGUCCACCUCUUCGGAGAUGGCACACUCAAGGCCGUUUUCGUCGAUGAAGACGACGUCGCCACCUACACUAUAAAGACCAUCGAUGACCCCCGCACCCUCAACAAGACUCUCUACCUGAGGCCUCCCGACAACAUUCUCUCGCAGGCAGACCUCAUUGCAAUCUGGGAGUCUCUCAUCGGAAAGCAGCUCCACAAGACCUACAUAUCUCCCGAGGGCUUCCUCGCAACACUCAAGGGCUUGGACUAUAAGCUUCAGGUUGGGAUUGGCCACUUCUAUCACAUCUUCUACGAGGGAUGUUUAACCAAUUUUGAAAUCGGACCCCAUGGAGAAGAAGCUUCCAUGCUUUACCCAGAGGUCAACUACACACGCAUGGAUCACUACCUCAGGAUAUAUGUUUAAUUUUCUUCAUCCUUCCUUACAAUUAAAUAAACUUAAGCGCGCAGCAACUCUUCAUUCUCCGAUCCUGUAACCAAAUUUACAAUUUCAGUAGGAAAAAUAAAUUACUAAUCCCCGUCUCA